UUUUCCACUUGUUUUCUCAACUGUCAAUAUUUUUUUCCUUCGGCUGCACUUAUAUUAGUAUAAAAGUUGAGUUUGUAUGAAAAACUUGCCAACUUUGGUCUGCCAGUUGUGUUUUUAGGAUCUGGGGGUGUAAAAAAAGGGUGUUUUUAUGUUAAAGAUUUGAUUUUGUCAUCUGGGUCGGUCUCAGGAUUGCCUAAGUCGACAUCCACUUGGGGUGUGGAAGCACGAGUCCCGUUUCUAGAUAAAGAGUUCAUCAAUGUGGUUAUGAGUAUCGACCCCGAAAUGAAAAUGGUAAGAUAUUGAGUACAAUAUAAACAUGAAUGUUGACCCAUUGCUAAGUGAAUUUUCACAGAUUGACACGGAGAAAAACCGCAUAGAAAAGUGGAUUCUUCGAAAGGCUUUUGACGAUGAAGAUCAUCCGUAUUUACCAAAGCGUAUUUUGUAUAGGCAGAAAGAGCAGUUUAGUGAUGGGGUCGGGUAUAGCUGGAUCGAUGGACUAAAAGACCAUGCGGAACUUCAUGUGACUGAUAAAAUGAUGCUUAACGCGUCACAUAUCUACCCUCACAACACGCCACAAACAAAAGAAGCAUGUUACUACCGGAUGACCUUUGAACAGUUUUUCCCUCAGAAUUCGGCGAUCUUAACCGUGCCAGGUGGUGCGAGUGUGGCUUGCAGCACUGCAAAAGCAAUUGAAUGGGACGCUGCAUGGUCCAACCAUCUUGACCCUUCAGGCAGAGCUGCUCUUGGAGUUCAUGAUUCGGCCUAUGAGGUUAAUCAACAUCCAGAACUCGAUUUGAAGCUAGAAAUUAACGGUUCCAAAACAUAACAGUCAAGUUUUUGUGUAUAAA